UAUUUCUCGAAGUUCCUCCGUUCGAUUCUAACUUGGUUCGUCUUUUUUCUCUCAGGCGUGGUAGUUAAGUAGGUAUAUGAAAUUCGCACACAGCCGAACAUAACACCUAACCUCUUAAAGCUCCUUUUUCUAUUUAAAUAACAGGAACUCUGUGCCAAGCUCCGUGUGCUUAAUUUUUGUGUUUCUUUGUUCCGAGCUUCAGGCACCGAAUGAGAGCUAUCAAUUAUAUAUCAGACUCUGAUUUGUUAUUCUGAUCGCUGCUAAGGACUCAUUUUCACGAAAAAUGAAGAUGUUUGAUGGUAUUGAGCUAGAAUAUUCUAUUUUGUAGCGAAUAUGCUCUCUCACAAAGCUUUAGACGCGUUGGAGGAGGAGGAGGAGCAUGGUUAACAUUAUCGACCUUGAAGAUUUUAUUGCUCCUGAAUGUAUGAGGAGCAAUAACAGCACUUUUAUUUUUCGGUAAAAGAGAGGUUGAUCUUCUGCUAUGUCUUCCCUUCAACUGAUCCAGCUAACUCAGCAUGGCCGGAAUUUUCUGGCUUCAAGGAGAAAAACUUUGCUACUUGCCACUGGUAUAUUAGUUGCUGGUGGAACGGCUGCAUAUGUUCAAUCAAGGUUUAGAGUUAAUAAACAUGAUUUCUUUGGCCAUCCAAAUGAGCACAAUAAUGAUAAAGAACUCACAAAGGAGGAGGUUGUGAAAGGAACUUCUGCACCACAAAAUAAACAGAAGAAAGGAGGGUUGAAGUCACUUCAAGUCCUUGCUGCAAUUCUUCUAUCUGAGAUGGGCCAAUUUGGUGCAAGGGACCUUUUAGCUUUGGUUUCCAUAGUGGUGCUGCGAACCACUUUGAGCAACAGGCUAGCAAAAGUGCAAGGCUUCCUAUUUCGUGCUGCUUUUCUUCGACGUGUGCCAUUGUUUUUUCGGCUCAUUUCAGAAAAUAUUCUUUUGUGUUUCCUCUUAUCAACCAUGCAGUCAACAUCAAAGUACAUUACUGGGAGUUUGAGUCUGCACUUCCGAAAUAUAUUGACUAAACUUAUUCAUACUCACUAUUUUGAGAACAUGGUUUAUUACAAAAUAUCACAUGUUGAUGGUCGGAUAACUAACCCAGAGCAAAGAAUUGCCAGUGAUGUGCCAAGGUUCUGUUCCGAAUUGAGUGAGAUUGUACAGGAUGAUCUAUCAGCAGUGACUGAUGGACUGCUAUACACUUGGCGGUUGUGUUCAUAUGCAAGCCCAAAAUAUGUCUUCUGGAUAUUGGCCUAUGUACUCGGAGCUGGGGCAACAAUCAGAAACUUCUCUCCCUCAUUUGGUAAACUUAUGUCCAGAAAGCAGCAAUUGGAAGGAGAGUAUCGACAGCUUCACUCUAGAUUAAGGACUCACUCGGAAAGUAUAGCAUUUUAUGUUGGAGAGAGGAGAGAAGAAGCUCAUAUUCAGCAGAAGUUUAAGACCUUGGUUAGGCAUGUGAAAAGUGUGCUACAUGACAAUUGGUGGUUUGGCAUGAUUCAGGACUUUUUAUUGAAGUACCUUGGUGCUACUGUUGCUGUUAUAUUGAUCAUUGAACCUUUCUUCUCUGGCCAUCUAAGGCCUGACAGCUCAACUUUAGGGCGUGCAGAGAUGCUAAGCAAUCUAAGAUAUCAUACUAGUGUCAUUGUUUCACUAUUUCAGUCUCUAGGAACUCUUUCUAUCAGUGCAAGAAGGCUCAAUCAACUCAGGGAGCUAAGCCUAGAGAAUGAGAAACCUACACUGCAAAGACAAGGAAGUCGAGUUUGCAUACGUGAAGCUAACUACAUUAAAUUUUCUGGUGUCAAGGUUGUGACCCCCACUGGUAAUGUCUUAGUGGAUAAUCUGACUCUUACGGUUGAAUCAGGAUCAAAUCUUUUGAUUACAGGUCCAAAUGGCAGUGGAAAGAGCUCGCUCUUCCGGGUUUUGGGAGGUCUUUGGCCUUUGGUAUCUGGACAUAUUGUGAAACCUGGAGUUGGAUCUGAUCUUAAUAAGGAAAUCUUUUAUGUGCCACAAAGACCAUACACUGCUGUAGGUACACUACGUGAUCAGUUAAUUUACCCUCUUACUGCAGAUCAAGAGGUUGAAUCACUUACAGAUAGCGGAAUGGUGGAGCUAUUGAAAAAUGUUGAUCUUGAGUAUUUGUUGGACCGUUACCCGCCUGAAAAAGAGGUAAACUGGGGUGAUGAACUUUCGUUGGGUGAGCAACAAAGAUUGGGCAUGGCUAGACUUUUCUACCAUAAGCCUAAAUUUGCAAUUCUUGAUGAGUGCACAAGUGCUGUAACAACUGAUAUGGAAGAACGAUUUUGCGCUAAAGUUCGAGACAUGGGAACAUCGUGCAUUACCAUAUCACAUCGUCCAGCAUUAGUUGCAUUCCAUGAUGUGGUUUUGUCCUUAGAUGGUGAGGGAGGCUGGAGUGUUCAUCAUAGAAGGGUGGACUCUUCUACUGAAUUGGGGAUUGAUACAAUGAAGGAAUCAGAGACAAAUCGACAGAGUGAUGCAAAGGCAGUUCAACGAGCAUUUGCCAUGAAUAAAGAGGAUUCUGCAUUCUCAAAUUCGAAGGCACAAUCGUAUAUUACAGAAGUGAUAGCAUCAUCUCCAUCUAAUUAUCGUAGUACUUUACCAUCCGUUGUUCCCCAACUCCGUGGUAAUACAAGAGCAUUGCCAAUGAGAGCAGCUGCCAUGUGCAAAGUAUUGGUGCCCACCCUACGUGAUAAACAAGGAGCUCAACUACUUGCUGUUGCUUUGCUUGUUGUUUCAAGAACAUGGAUCUCAGAUCGUAUUGCAUCACUGAACGGUACUACUGUGAAGUUUGUUUUGGAGCAGGAUAAAGCUUCCUUUAUUCGAUUAAUCGGUUUAAGUGUUCUCCAAAGUGCUGCAUCUUCUUUCAUUGCACCUUCCAUAAGACACUUGACUGCCAGGCUGGCCCUAGAGGGGCGGAUUCGUUUGACGCAACAUCUACUCAAGAACUACUUGAGAAACAAUGCAUUCUACAAGGUCUUCCACAUGGCAAGCAAAAAUAUUGAUGCAGAUCAGAGGAUAACUCAUGACUUGGAAAAGUUAACAACAGACUUGUCAGGACUGGUCACUGGAAUGGUAAAGCCAUCUGUCGAUAUUUUGUGGUUCACUUGGAGAAUGAAGCUGUUAACUGGUCGGAGGGGAGUUGCUAUACUCUAUGCUUACAUGUUACUUGGUCUGGGAUUUCUAAGAACUGUUACUCCAGAUUUUGGUAAUUUGAUUAGUCAAGAACAACUUCUUGAAGGAGCAUUUAGGUUCAUGCAUGAAAGACUUUGUACUCAUGCUGAAUCUGUUGCUUUUUUUGGAGGUGGUGCUCGAGAAAAAGCUAUGGUUGAAUCUCGAUUCAGAGAGCUUCUUAACCACUCCAAGUAUCUCUUAAAAAAGAAGUGGCUGUUUGGUAUACUGGAUGAUUUUAUAACAAAGCAACUUCCACAUAAUGUGACUUGGGGCUUGAGCUUGUUGUAUGCUAUGGAACACAAGGGAGACCGAGCAUCAAUAAGUACUCAGGGUGAGCUGGCACAUGCAUUGAGGUUUUUGGCAUCUGUUGUUUCUCAAAGCUUUUUAGCUUUCGGUGAUAUUCUUGAAUUGCAUAGAAAGUUUGUAGAGCUCUCUGGUGGAAUUAAUCGGAUUUUUGAGCUUGAAGAACUUCUGGAUGCAGCGCAGUCUGAGAAUUUCAUUAGUGCUAGUGCUAUACCUCCAGUGAGGGAUGUUCAUUCCACAGAUGUCAUUUCCUUUUCAAAAGUUGAUAUCAUAACCCCUGCUCAAAAGAUGUUGGCCAGGGAAUUAAUAUGUGAUAUUGAGCGUGGGGAAAGCCUACUUGUUACUGGUCCAAAUGGAAGUGGAAAAAGUUCCAUUUUCAGAGUUCUUAGAGGACUCUGGCCAAUUGCCAGUGGAAGACUCUCUAGACCAUCUGAAGAUGUGGAUCAAGAGGCUGGACCAGGUUGUAGCAUCUUCUAUGUUCCUCAACGGCCGUACACAUGCUUGGGAACUCUGAGGGAUCAAAUUAUAUACCCCCUGUCCCGUGAGGAAGCUGAGGUUAAAGCAUUGAAUAUGUAUGGAAAAGGUGAAAAAAAUGCUGACACCAAAAAAUUGUUGGACACACGCUUGAGACUUAUCCUAGAGAAGGUUCGAUUGAAUUAUCUUCUAGAAAGGGAGAAAAGCAAUUGGGAUGCCAAUUUAAACUGGGAAGACAUUCUUUCUCUUGGAGAACAGCAGAGAUUAGGGAUGGCACGCUUGUUCUUUCAUCAGCCCAAAUUUGGUAUCCUUGACGAGUGCACCAAUGCAACUAGUGUUGAUGUCGAAGAACACCUAUAUGGGCUUGCGAAGGAUAUGGGAAUCACGGUUGUUACUUCCUCACAACGUCCUGCUUUAAUACCAUUUCAUUCCAUGGAAUUGCGGCUGAUUGAUGGUGAGGGUAAUUGGGAGCUUCGAUUGAUCAAGCACUUCAAUGUUUACUCCAUGGACUUGUGGGGGCGAACAAACUCAAACAGUCAAAAUUGUUGAUAAUAAGUUCGAGCAAGGAGCCGUUGCAUGAUCUCUGCAGUAUAUAGUGAUCAAUCAUGUACAGGUUUUUUUCCCUUUCUUAGGUAGUUGAUAUUGAUUCAUAUGUUGUAGCCAUUGGAUGUAAUGAUUAAUAUUUAUAUAUUUUUUUAUCAAUAAAACAGCAGGAAAGAAGAGAAGCUCUUACAGAGA